AUUGGUACUACCCACCAAAUAAGUGGUGGGUGGUGGCUAUAAAGAGAUUGGUAUCACACUUUACCUCCUCCCUUGCUCGCUCAUCCAUCAUCUCAUCUCCUACCUACAAAAACAAGUUCCUUGAGGAGAGAGAGAGAGAGAGUUUUAGAGAGAGAGAUGGGGAACUGCCAAGCUAUUGACAAUGCAACUCUAGUGAUACAACACCCAUGUGGUAGAGUGGAGAACCUGUAUUGGCCUGUUACUGCUAGCGAGGUCAUGAAAACGAACCCUGGCCACUAUGUUGCUCUUCUCCUAAACACCACUUUGUGCCCAUCCACCGCCACCGCCACCGCCACCACCACCAACAACCCGGUUCGCAUUACGCGUAUAAAGCUUCUCCGGCCAACGGAUACUCUUGUCCUUGGACAGGUCUAUAGACUCAUCACUGCUCAAGAGGUGAUGAAAGGGCUGUGGGCAAAAAAGUAUGCAAAGAAGAAGAAAGAGUCGGAAUCAGGAGAGAAUCAAGAGAGAAGAGCAGCAAGAUCUGAAAUGGAGAACACCACCAACCAGGUGACGAAACCCGAAAAACAUCGAUCAAGGACAUCAACAGGGAACUCUGCCGCCGCCGCUGCCGCCGCCGCCGCGGCCAAAGCAAGGGUAUGGCAGCCGUCAUUGCAUAGCAUCUCUGAAGGUGCGAGCUGAUUGUGUGUGUGAGAAAGGGUGUAGAACUUGCCCUGAUGUGUAGAACUUGUAUAGCAAAAAGAAACAGAAGGCACAUCAAGUGUUGUUGUAAUCAACUGCUACUCUUUAAUGGAAUCAGACUUUGUUAAUAUUUCUGUGCUA